CUCAAUGCUGUGAUAGAAAGUUGCUCAGUCACAUUAAGUCCAACACACCGUGUGAAAGAUACAGAAAUUUUAUUUUACUCCGAUUUGUAAUUUUCUAUGGUGAUAUUUUCUCUUGCAUAUUUCUAUUAUUCUACACGAUUGAAACGAAGGACACAAAUCGGAGUGUUUUACAAAAAAAAUUUAGAGUGUGUAUAAUUUAUAAAGUGGAAGAAAGUAUUAGAAAAGUGAAUAAAAAAAGUGAUCGUUAGAGGUGUACAUUUUCACCGAGUGAUUGUGUUAUUAGAUUGAUACUUGAAAAUCAUCAAAAAUGCGUAUUUGGAUUUAUGGAGCUGUGACGACCUUAAUCUUGGCCUCUGUGGUGCAGUGUCAACAGCAAUUUUCACUGCCAGAAGUUGAAACAGACGACGAUAGUACAGUUGAGGAGGAAGAAGAGACCGUUGACUUGUCUCCGUCGCCAGCUAGUAUUCAAUAUCGUUUGAGGCCAUAUGAUUAUAGUGAUGAAGUUGAGGAUCAUCAACAACCAGUUCAACAGACUGUAACACAAUCACCGCAUUUAUUGUAUACUGCACAACAGCAAAGGAGGACCUCUCCACAACCCAACCCACACCCACAUCCACCGUCACAACAGCAACAGAAAAUUUAUAAAAAGCUAGAUAAACAGAAGCAGAAACUUUUGGAGGAAGAGCUAGAGAGUGAAGAACCUGAUCGCCUAUCGCUUCUACUUGAAAAAUCAUCAUUUAAAUGUAGUGGACGUCUAACCGGUUACUACGCCGAUGAAACGCUAGGUUGUGAAGUUUUCCACUAUUGUCAGGACAAUGCCAGACACUCAUGGAUUUGCCCAGAGGGGUUCACAUUCCAUCAAGUCCACCUAAUCUGUAUGCCUGCUUCUGCGGAUAAUAUUUGCGAACAAUCGACAAAAUAUCACUUUGUCAAUGAAUAUCUAUAUAAGCCAAUUAAUAUGGAGGAACACCAAACCCGUCCAAAUGUUACCCUUCGCUACUCGGAGCGAUAUUACCCAGAUGAAAUCUACCAGGACGAACGACAGGAUUACUACAAUGAACGUGUAUUCCCUGAACGAGAGCGUGAAGCACCACAACAGAUUCAUUACUCAAGACAACCCUUAAUUCAAACUAUUCGCAAAGUAACAUCCCCUCCACCACAGCCUUAUCGACCACCAUCUUCUUCGGUUCAUAAUACUGUCUUCCGAUCUCCAGAAGAAAUUAAUAUAUCUCUGCAGCAGAGGAGACCACAUGCAUACUCCAACCAACCUCAAGCUACUUCAACGACGGCACGAUAUGAUGAUGAUGAGGAAGAUGAGUAUAGCUAUGAAAGGAAGUAGUGUUACUACAAUGCAUAACAAUCACCUAAUCUAAUUUAUUGUUCAUAAACCUACUUCUGUUAUGUGUCGUAAAAUAAAUUUUAGGAAUUACUUCGAAAA